AUGACAUUCACAACUUUUAGGUAUUAGUGAAUUGCUCAUCAAAUAGUUCAGAAAGCUAUUUACUAUAUUUCAUCGUCAGCAAAACCUAUAAAUGUGAAUUAGGAGAAUUCACAUUUAUAGGUUUGGGUUUUAUUUAGAAACUUAUGAUGCCAUAAAGCACUCAAUAAUUGAUAAAACUAAAUUUGCAAAUAUAUCUUCACACCCUAUUUAAUUAUAAGAAGAAUAUUGGUGAUUAAAUUUAUACUCUGAUAUACUGA